AUGACAGCCCCGUUUGACAACCUGUCCUGCCAACACUCCAUCGACGACUUCCGAAACCGAGUCUACUCCACGCUCUACUCCAUGAUCAGCAUCAUGGGCUUUGUUGGCAACGGCGUGGUGCUCUACGUCCUCAUCAAAACCUACCGGCAGAAGACGGCCUUCCAGGUCUACAUGCUGAACCUGGCCAUGUCUGACUUCCUCUGCGUGUGCACCCUGCCCCUCCGUGUCAUCUACUACGUCCACAAAGGGAACUGGUUCUUCAGUGACUUCCUCUGCAGGAUCAGCUCCUACGCCUUGUAUGUCAACCUGUACUGCAGCAUUUUUUUCAUGACUGCCAUGAGCUUCUUCCGGUGCGUGGCCAUCGUUUUCCCAGUCCAGAACAUCAACCUGACCACGGAGAAGAAGGCUAAAUUUGUCUGCAUUGGCAUCUGGAUUUUUGUCACCCUGACAAGCGCUCCCUUCCUGCAGAACGGGACGUACCAACAUGGCAACAAGACCAAGUGCUUUGAACCCCCAGAAGACACCCAGAAGACCAAACUAGUGGUGAUCCUGGAUUUUAUCGCCCUCUUUGUGGGUUUCAUUUUGCCCUUUAUUGUCAUAACCAUCUGCUACACCAUGAUCAUAAGGACCUUGCUGAAAAACUCCUUGAAGAAGAACCAGGCUAACCGCAGGAAAGCAGUCUGGAUGAUCAUCAUUGUGACAGCCACCUUCCUGGUCAGCUUCACCCCGUACCACGUCCUGCGUACCGUCCAUCUCCACGUCCUGAGGCUGAAGGACACCAGCUGUGAGGAUGCCAUUUACCUGCAGAAAUCGGUCGUGGUCACCCUCCCCUUGGCAGCUUCCAACUGCUGCUUCGACCCGCUCCUCUAUUUCUUCUCAGGGGGCAACUUUCGGAAGAGACUGACCACCUUUAGGAAGGCUUCUUCCUCCAGCGUCACGCAAGCCUUCAGGAAAAAGUUCUCCAUAAAGGAGAAAGAUGAGGAAACCUUUGGAGAAGGCCACCGGGAGAAUGGAAAGGCAGCUGUGGCCCCUUCAUAAGGGGGGGGCUGGACCUUCCCCGAAGAUCUCAGACGGGCAAGGGAGAUCUAAGAACUCUUCCAGGAGAUGUGAUGGAGGCUUGCAAGCUUCUUUGCAAUUAGAUGUGUAAUAAUGACAGCAGGCAUCCCUGAUUUCACAGCAUCACCGAAUUGUUCUGGUUGGAAAAGACCUUCCAGAUCAUCGAGUCCAACCACGAAACCAACCAUUUUAUGCUAUUUGGUGGCACCAGUGGGGACAAGCAGCCCCUUCCCUGGAGCACCCCUUGGACACACAGAGUGACACACCUGGCUUAGCACGGAGGAGCCGCCGCCAGCACCAGAAAACUGUUGGGGUGAUGAUGAACUCCCACCAACCAGCUCUUCAAAGCCUGCUUUGGGACAUUUGCUUCAUUCCUCAACUCGACAACAAGUGUUAAUUCUCUGAGUCAGUGGGAAAUGUAAACACGUGCUGGCUGCAGAGCCGGGGCAGCUGCUGACAGACCAAGAGGUUUCACUGGAGCUUCAAGCACUGCUGUGUUAUUUACACAGCAGAGGCCAGGAGAAUUCCCAGCUGCUCCUGGAUUUCAGUUUCCAGCCUAAUUACAUGUGUCAGAUGCCUGGGUCUGCAGAGAGGCUGAGAGGAAAUGGCCUCAAGUUGUGCCAGGAAAGGUUUAGAUUGGAUGUGAGGAGCAGUUUCUUCACUGAGGGGGUGGUGAAGCAUUGGAAAAUGGAGUCACCAUCCCUGGAGGUGCUCAAAAAACAUCUAGACAUGGCACUUCAAGACAUGGUUUGGUGAGCAUGGUGGGGUUGAUGGUUGGAUUUGAUGAUCUUAGGGGGCUCUUUCAACCUUAAUGGUUCUGUGACAAAUCUAGGAAGUGGGGCUUGAGCCCUUCUGCCACCCCCCAGUCAGCAGCUCUUUGGCCAUGCUCUCGUGGGCAGCAGCUCUGCAGCACUUUCUGAAUUUCUAGAAAGACCUUGUCUGUGGGAGCAGUUUGAAAAUUGCCACCUCCAACUCAUUUCUGUGGGGCUGGUCCUGUAAGGGAUGGUUGCAGGACCUGGGCUAUCACUGCAGUUCUUCAGGAGGUUGUACCUAAAAGCAGAGAGUCCCAAGCAGGACCAGGCCUGCCUUUCCCAACUGUUGACCAAAUUCUUGAACAAAUUCACUCUAAAAAAAAAAAUAUGUCAUGCAGGAAUCCUUUCUAAAAAUAGCUACAUAUGAUAUUUGAUCCUGUUCAAGAGGCUCCACCUUGCUCACACCUUGCAGGAAAUUGGUCCUAGGAAAAAUCUCCACCAAGACCUGGAGAUAAAAGAGUCUCACAAGUCUGGACGAGACAGGAGUGAAUCUUCUUUUGAGCUCAGUGUGAUGGAAAACCAGGCUGGGCUUAUGUUUCUUAGCCCAGUAUUCUUAGAAAAACUUCAGCAUCUUGGACAGAAGGAAACAUUCCUGUGCUUUUCCAGGGAACACAUGGAAAAGUCACAUUUUGCUGGAGCAAAGCCCAGGGUGCCUGAUACAUCCAGACAGAAAUAGAAAUUAUGAAGCCUCUUACUAGGAGAAGUAGUUGACAAAUCAACAACCAGCCUGAUUUUCUGGUAUUUGUGAGGUUACUUGGUUUUCUCUUAUAUAAAAAAGACAGUUUGAAUGUUGUAGAGUUCAAGUGAGCUAAAAGAGUUGAGCUUGAAGGCACAAGUCCUCUUCUCAGGGGUCAGUGUUGGGGAUCAAAGCUGUGUCUCAAAGCUGUUGUGCAACUGUAAAUAGAAAUAACAAUGAAAAUGGAGUUUCAGAAUAUGCAGAAAUAAUAUGCACAUUCCCAAAUUUUAAGAUAUUGUACAGUAAAGCUAUAUAUGUACACACAUAUAUAUAUAUAAUGUUUAGUGAAGCAUUUUAAUUGUACCAGAGCUGUUUUGUUUUGUUUUGUUUUUCCUUUUUGUAUUUUUUCAUGAGACAGUGGUCAUGGCAAGAGA